AUGGCCUCUUUACUUUCAUUUACGAGUCGUUUUUACAAGAAUGAUAGUUAUGCUGAGUUUUUGGAGGUCAAUGACACUGAGUUAUUUGGUGUUGGUGUGAGAAUAUACAAGCCUGUGAAUGAAACAAAGAAGCAUACGGGAAAUGAAUCUAAUAAACAAGAUUUGUUACCAGGUUUAAUUUAUUUUCACGGUGGAGGAUGGACUUGGGGAAGUUUAGGUGAGUCCUACUUCUUUUCAUGUACAUGGAGGAUAUUACAUGGCUGCGUGGAGAUACGAAAUUUCUCUUCGAGUGUUGAAAAAUUUUUCACGAGUGAGUGUAGCGAACGAGUAAUUUAUUUUUUUCAACACGAGAAGCGAAAUUUUGUAUCUCCAAGCGACCAUGUAACAUUCUAUUUAUUAUAUAAACACCAAUGAAAUGCCAAACCAUUUUACUUAAAAAGGUUUUUUGGUCUGAAAGGUGCAGUUUAUUAUGAAGCCAUAGCAAUGGUGUUAUUUUCACAUGUGAAGAUAACAUGUUAUUUUCACAUGUGAAGAUAUCAAGUUUUCGCGCGAAAGCUCACUUGGUAUUUCAUUAGUGUUUAUAUAAUAAAUGUAUUUAUCUCUAUUAUCGUGGCUCCAGAGGUUGAUGCAUUUUCAGAAUACCUUGAAUGAGAUAGCCUUUACACCUUGCACUUCAUUAUCACAGCCUUGACAUCUGUGGUUUGCUGCUUGUUUUUCAUAGAUUUUCAAUGAAAAAAGUUUUGGCACCCACUCAGUGUACAUAAAAAUUAGGUUUGCAGAAUAAAUACAUGUAUUAUCAAGGUAUGAGAAAUUUACUUGUGUGGCACAUACACAUAUACACAUGUAGUCUCUUCUCGCCUCCCACUCCCAAAAUUUCCUUGUUGCAGAAUAAAUACAUGUAUUAUCAAGGUAUGAGAAAUUUACUUGUGUGGCACAUACACAUGUACACAUGUAGUCUCUUCUCGCCUCCCGCAUCCUUGUAAAGAAUAAAUACAUGUAUUAUCAAGGUAUGAGAAAUUUACUUGUGUGGCACAUACACAUGUACACAUGUAGUCUCUUCUCGCCUCCCACCUCUACUGCCAUCUGCAGUUCGUGAUGAAUGGCUGUUUGGACUUGUUGGUUAAGGUUGCUAAUAGUUUGUCUGUGUUUUUAUGUAUGAGUAAGAGUUGGAUCAAAAAUACAAUAAUAAAUUAUGGUAGAUUUUAAUCCUUAAUGCCCCAAGGGUUUUCCUUGUCAUUAUAUUCUGCUUUUAAUUCUCUCUUAAUGAAAGGAGAUUUUCCUUCACAGUGUCAGUAGUAAGUAUUUUGACAGUGAUGAUCAUUGACAGUGUAUGCCAUUCAAGGCAACAUGAAAUGUUAUCUCUUUGCUGUAGAAGGCAAGCACAUGAGAAAGAAAAAAAAUAUAAAGUUGAUAAUAAUAUUAAACCCAUAUGCCUUUAUAAGUAAAACCGUGAUGGUAUCUUUUAUUUACUUUUUAUUCCAGAUGGUUAUGAUGAUUUCUGCAGCCGACUGGCUGUCUCUGCCCAAAUCAUUGUUGUGAGUGCAAAGUAAGUAACACUAUUGACUAAGUUGGCAAGUAAAAUCCAUUCAACAGCUAGGUGGAAUUUGCUGUAAAUGAGCUAAUUUUUUAACCCUUUAAACCUUAAGAUCAAAAUUGGAAUUCUCAUUUGUUGCCCCUAUUCAUUUUCUUCAGAAGUAGUGGGAAGAAGUUGAUAAAACAUCAAACAAAUUCAUUUUUUGUUAUCAUGUCUGUAAUUCUCAUGCCCACUCUGUUUUACAAAGCAUUGAUAUCACAAGGAGAAAUUUGAUGCUGAUCACUCUUAGGGCUUAGAGGGUUAAAUUCAGUACACAUAAGGUGUUUACAUUUAUCAAUAAUUGAUCAAUCUGUCAGUUUUACUUUGGUCGAUAUUGAGAAAAAUGGUGUACAAUGGGCACACUCGCAAUUUCUCAAGCUUCAAAGUGAAAAAGGACAAUUAACUGACAUUAUAAAAACAAAAUGAACUAGCAGGCCGUGACACAACCCCUUUAAACUUUAGAAAAACAUGAAAGCUGCAUCCUUGUAAAGAAUAUCCCUACCAUGUUCUUACGUCCUCACAAAUCUUCUUUUCAAUUCUGUAGUUACAGGCAAGCUCCUCAAUACAUUUACCCCACUCAGUUCAACGAUUGCUACAGUGUCGCAGUAGGUGUCCUUAAUACUGGCGUAAAACAUGGUGUCGAUGUUUCACGUGUUAUGAUUGUUGGUGAUAGUGCAGGUGGGAAUCUGGCUGCAGCAGUAUCUCAUUAUCUUGCAACAGUGUCUGAAAUGCACUGUAAAACACAGUAUUUAAAAGCCCAGGUAUGAUAAGUUUGAGGUCAACUACAUAAUUCUUUAUUAAAAAACGGGGUGCAAAGAAAAUCAUUUUUACAGCUUGCCAUUUGGGCAAGCCGAAGCUAGCAUUUACUAGCCCAGACGUCAGGUCAACAAGCCCCAAAAACUUUUUGACUGGCAGAAUUGAUUUCACAGUUCUUCUGUUAUGCGAAUUCCUCAAAAGACAUCACUUGCUGGUCGGGCAAGUUAAAAACAGAAUCCACUAGCCCGAUAGCAAAAUCCACUAGCCCCGGGCUAUUGAGCACUACUUUCUUUGCACGCUGAAAAAUUUAUUUAUUAUUUUUUUAGUUACCUUUACUAGUUAAGGUAGGAACACCCCAUGAGAGAGGGGGGGUGCUUCUAUGAAUUUCGGAUAGGUGUAUGCAGCUAAGGUUUUUAAACCUUGACCCUAUUUUAGUAUUUAAAGAUGAGCCAAGUGAAAAUUGGUACCCUUUGUAAGGCCCAAACCUGGAAUAUAAUACCCAAUUCAAGGGUAGAAACAAAAAUGGAGAAUUUAAUGGAAACACACAAAUCAUUGUUAAAUUACUUUCCUAAUGCUCUGUGGUAUGAUUUAUUUCUCCUGUGGCUGGGUAUUUCUGCACUUGAGUUUUAGCUGGUAUAAUAAUGGUUUCUUAUCUUAUGAUCAUACCUGGAAGGGAGUGCAGACAAAGGGCAAAAAUGAUACCCUACUUUUUAAGGAUGGAGACCCUCAAAAGCCAUAGCUAUAAGGGGGGACAUAUGGUGAUACCUAUCUAGCUCAUUUGUGGGAGUUCCCCCACCCCCCUCUUGGGACACCAGAACAGCAAAUGUGCUCUGUGAGUACAAGUAAAUUUAUAUAAAACACCUUCCCAAUCCAUAAAACCCUAAAAUCUUGACCAAAAUCCAUUUUUUGCAAACGGUAUCCAUACAUUGUCAAGAGAUCAGGUUAUGAGAAGUAAUAAAAUGAUCACCAAAGAGAAAAUGCCUUGAUCGUUUAUUAAAUUCUCUCAACACAUUAUUUAAGGAUAUGUAUGGAGAUCAGUUUGGAGAAUUUGUAUUUGGAUAUUAGGGCUUAAAGGGUCAAACACUACUGAGGCCUGUGUUCCCUUCAAAAUGAUAACACAGGAUAAAACAAAAAAUGCAUAAUCAUCUGAACUGAGUCAAGUUCUUAAGGGCAGGGUACUGGGGUUUGCCCGGGCUUGACUGCUAUGAGCAUGACUAGAACAAAACAAAAUAACACUGCUGUGAGUUUUAGUUUUCGAAAGCUGAUUCGGAUGUUUGCAUUAAAAAAUCCUAGAAAAACUGACAGUGCAUUUUUUUUAAUCUGAUGGUUUUUUAGGAAAGCCAGUUUAAUAAACUUUAAUUUGAUGUAGGGUUUUAAUCAUCUGCAGUUUAACAGGAACGAGCUACUGAGCAUUACUUGCCUUUGAGACACCCCCAAAGGUAUCUGGUAACCUAAGUUUUCUUUUCUUUCAUAAUGUGUAGAAAAAGUUAUGUAACUGUUCAGGUACAUUGGUGUAUACACUGUAGAUACAGUAUUAGAAGUUGUCAAAAUGUGGCUAUGUAACAUCAGGGAGCAACUCAUUGAUCACUUUUUUGUUGUUACCACAUUUCAAAAUCACCUGUAAGCCAUGACAAAAAAGACAUGGCAAAUGGAUUUAUUGUAAAAUAAUGACUUUCUGGUUAUUACUAAAGCUGAUUGCGUAUUAUUUACAAAGUAAAUGUGCCUUUAUGCAUUUUUAUUUUUAGAUUCUUAUCUAUCCUUCCCUGCAAUUUCUGGACUUUAAUCUGCCAUCCUAUGUGACAAAUGCAGAUAAUGAUAUCCUUUCUAGAGAAGAUCAUGCAAAUUUUGUUUCCCUGUACCUUAGUGGUUCAACAGACCUCACAGACAUCCUUCUUUCUGGCAAUCAUUCGCAACAUCUUAGAGGCACAAAGUACAUGUCAUAUCUAGGGAAACCAACUUCAGAAACUUUACAAGAAAAGCCUCGAAUAGACCUGGAUUCAAGGACAUCAGAAGCUUUAACACAUUUCAGAGGAUCUCCUUUGAUGGCUGAGGACUUCAGGGGAAUCCCGCCAACCUUUAUCAUUACUGCAGAGUUUGAUGUGUUAAGGGAUGAAGGGUUUCUUUAUUCAGAGCGAUUGCGAAAAGCAGAGGUUCCAGUCAAAUACAAGAACUACAAAUCUUUUCAUGGCUUUGUGACGACUGCAACUGAAGGUGGACCAGCGAGAACGGAUGAAGGUGAUGAGGCUUUUGCAGAUAUAGUGCAGUAUGUUAAAGACAUACUCACCAGUCUUGAGGAAAACAUUUAAGAGAAGAUUAAUAGAAAAAAGUUGAUAGUGAGUGUUGUUUUAUUCUGAAUGGCAGGUUCAUUUCCUUGACCAAAAGAAACAUGCAUUCCGGU